AUGGGAGAAAUUCCACGACCCCUUCUUUCCUUCCUUUCCCCACGGCUCGGCUCCUGCUCCCCUCCUCGCGCGGCUGCACGCACUGGACUGGAUGAGGUACCAUCGACCACCUGCACCCCCUCGCAUCCCCGUAGCGCCGCGCUGCCUCCAUGUCUUCCCAAAUCAUGUUACUGCAUCCAAAAGGUUGUGCCUGCCGCGGCAAGACUUCCCUUCCCAUCCCCUAUCCCCCAUCCCGUCUCAUCGGCCGUGACGGUUCUUGCUGGCUGCUCCGACUUCCUCGCAUCGGGUUGGCCGCUCGCCCUGCUUCUUGCCCUGCGUGAUCUGGUUCCGGGCGGCGUACCUUCCUCUUGUACCCUGGUCUGCCAUAGUGGUGUUUAUUUUCCCUUGUCGGCUGUUGGCGAGACAUGCCCGUGGUCCAACAUCCCGUCCUUGGCCUUGGCUGAGGAAGAGGAGACACCAUCGUUAAGCGGAGAAAGCCCCAAAAAGCCGCCGACGUGUGUUGUUGCUCUCGCUCUCUCAUGGUGCUUGCCUGUCUGUCAGCCUGUCUCUCAUAUUACCUUACCUGAGGUUCCUUGCCAUACCAUCCCGUCAUCCCGUUCGUCCAUCUUUUCUUUCUGCGCCUGGCCCACGUUGGAGGUUUACACAUCUCUCUGCAUCUCUGGUCCGGCUGUCUCGACCUUUCGUACUUUCCUCCCUGGGCGGCCCGUUCUCGAAGCGCCAUCGCUUCUUGUCAUCUUGGUGUUUUCCCCCCUUCCCUUCCCUUUCCUGCCUCCCCACUCCCAUUACUUGCUGAGGACGGUAGUCCACUCUUUCCAUGUUGUUGCCAUUCCCAUUUCCCUUCUCCCGCUCCCAUUCCCAUCAUUCCCAGUUGUUCUCUUCCUAAUGCCUUUUCCCUCUUUUAACCUUGGCUUGACCGUGAAUGACCGCCCACCCCAUCCCAUCCUGUCCAUUCCCAUCCUUUUUACCAUUCCCCCCAUAAUCCAUUCACCCGCCCCGUCCGCGUCCUGUUCUUCUUUCCUUGCCGUGCUUGCCCACCCCGUCCACGCCAUCCACGUCUGCUCGGUGCCCCGUUUUUCUCGUCUUGCGCAGCAGCCAAAUGUCGGCCCAAAAAAUAAUUGUUGUUCCCCCCAAAAACGUAGCCAUCCCCAUCUCCUCUUUCGACCUCCCAUUCCCCUCCUCCUUUUUCCUCUUCGCAACUACCACGACGCUGCAAAUUCGACUGCAGAAUCGUCAAAUCCAUCAAUCUCGACAUCAAUCACCAUCGUCGACAUCCUCAAAAUAACACCGUUUUGUUCGGCUCACCAAGCUGCACUCUUUGACGGUGCCAAUUGUCGUCAAAAAACACGCCUACCGAUCAUUGAGGUUAUUCACGAGUUCCCACCUUUGCCAACUCCGCACGGCCACACCGCAGGUGACCACUGCUCAAUCGGUGCAGCAGUCUCCUGCCUUAGCCAACCUAGUCCGUCUACCUUACAUAAUUCCGCGUCUGGCCCCAACCUACUUUCAGCCAAUCCGGAGCUACGCAACCUCAACCCCCACGGUAUCAAACACUGCCUUGAACAUUUUUCAACCUCAGUACCUUUUUUCCCGGUGCAGGUGUCUGUCGAAUUAACCUUCGAAGACCUCUUUUCGGUGUGGUGUUACUUUGGUGGUGGAGGAGAGCCAGCUAUGCGCGACAGCUCUUCACCUGCACUUUCAUCACCACCUUCCGGCUCUAUUUCAGACCCAGGCUCGCCACUAAUCGGUCGGCCAAACAACAACGAUAUGGAUAUGGACGAGAUCAUAGUAGAUCCCUCCCAACCUCGCUUCGGUGUCGCCGCAGGAGACCAGCCGCCUCAACCAGAAGUCCGCCUUACCGCUGCUGGCUUGCCACGAAAGAAGCCCGGUCGCAAACCUGGCUCUACCGUCAAGCCUAAGAAUCCCGACGAGCCGCCCAAGGUGCGCCGACCUCGAAAGCCUCGCGAUCCCAAUGCGCCGCCCAUUCAAAGGAAGAGAAAGUCGGCACCAGCUGCGGAUGCCGAUGCAGGCUCAGAUUCCAAGUCCCUAGCCGCUGCAGCUGCAUCUUCCUCCACACCUCCUCCCUCUCGACAGACCAAGAUCACAGACCUCGUCGGCAUCAGCUCGUCUUCCCGACCUGGUUCUGCUCAGCCCGAACACACAGCGCAAAAGGCACCUAAGCGAGAAGAGAUGCCGCGUUCAAUGCAAAGCAUUCUGAAUGCAGACCCCGAGCCCGAGCCGAAACCACAAAAUACUGUUCUCCCCACGCGAACUAGCGGUCAGGGUUACGAUCCUAUCCGUGGAAGCUACGACCCGGUCAGAGGCAUCUUUGGUAGUGCCUCAUCUCCAAGACCCGCAACACAAACUGUCAACCGACCUAGCGCGUCUCCCUCUAUCGCGAGCUUGGUAGAUCCGCCCACGCAGAGUGUCACGUCGCCUUCUGCACAAAACUUCCGCAUUGCCUCGACUGCUCAGUCACGAACUGAGAAUGCAUCUUUGCCAGCAUCUCCGUCAUACCCUGCCAGAUCAAUCCCUCAAGCGAUUUCAAAGCCACCUGCACCCGAGCCGAAGAAGGCCCUCGCUCCCCCGCCAGUUCCAGCUAUCAAGGCAGAUGCGAAGCUGAAAGACGCCGCUUCGACUGCUGGUUCUGUCGCCAGCAAGAAACAUUCACCAAAGCAAAAGCCACAAAAGUCUGGUGUCUCUUCACCGAAGCUGAAUGCUUUGGACGACUCUCGGGAUCUACUCGGAGAUCGUUCAAUUCUGGACUUCGGCAGAGCCGAGACUGGCAAGGAGUACAAGGCCCCGGAUAUUGUCCUGGACAUUCCUAUCAAGCCCGGUGACACGAAUAUCUACAUCAACGUGAUGCGUAUGGCUGAGGAGAAGUAUGGCUGGGAUGCCCUGCACCCUCGCCUGGCGGAGAAGCGAGAUCGCAAGGCCCGCAUUGCUGCUGCCUCGGCUGCCUUGGAGAAAACGGCGUCAGGCCAGGAAUCUGGCGACGAAAUGUCCGAGGAUUCAGACAAGGAAGCUAGUAACGUGGAGAUGGGCGGUAUGACGAGUGGUGCCGACCUUCCCGAGAAGCCGAAGAAGAAGAAGCGCAACUUCAAAGAAGAUGAGUACGACAAGGAUGACGACUUUGUCGACGAUUCCGAGCUUCUGUGGGAGCAGCAGGCGGCCGCUAGCCGGGAUGGCUUCUUUGUGUACUCUGGACCUUUGGUGCCAGAGGUUGAGAAGCCUGCGGAUACAAGACCUGACGGACUGCCCAAGCGUGGCCGUGGAAGUCGAGGCGGUCGUAUUGGCGGUCGUGGCGGUACGACUCGAGGUGAGGGCGGCACUGGUCGUGGAGGCGGACCAGGCUCUCGAGGUGGUCGCGGAUCCCGAGGCGGCUCUCUUACUCGCAAACCGCGUAUCACCAAGUCUGAAAAGGAGCAGCUCGAGCGCGAAAAGGCGGAUCGCCAGCGACAGGCUGAGCUGAGCGCCAAGUCUACAAACGGCUACUCACUUCAGCCGCAGACGCCCUCCUUUGCAGCUGGAAUGGCAGGCGCGUAA